GACGUCACUGGAACACGGGACCCGUAUGUAGAAGGCGGAAGUAGACGGAAAACAACAUCAGCGGCAGCAACGCCACCUACGAAGAAAAGGGGGGGAAACAAAGAAAAGCUACAGUUUUCAUUCGUCUUCGGUCCACAAACAUGUCUCUGUUCGGCAAGUGGUUCGGCACCGGCGGCGGGGUCAAGGGAGGCAAGGCGCCCACACCCCAGGAGGCUGUCCAGAAACUCCGAGAGACCGAGGAGAUGUUGGCCAAAAAGCAGGAAUUCCUCGAGAAGAAAAUCGAGCAGGAGACCGUGUCGGCCAAGAAGCACGGCAUGAAAAACCAGCGAGCGGCACUGCAGGCCCUAAAGAGGAAGAAACGCUACACCAAGCAGCUGGAGCAGAUCGACGGCACCCUCUCCACCAUGGAGUUCCAGAGGGAGGCGCUAGAGAACGCCAACACAAACACGGAAGUCCUGAAGAACAUGGGCUUCGCCGCCAAGGCCAUGAAGGCCGCGCACAAAGAACUGAACGUGGACAGCGUCGACGACCUGAUGUCGGACAUCGUGGAGCAGCAGGAGCUGGCGCAGGAGAUCACAAACGUCAUUUCCAAUCCCAUCGGUUUCGGGGAUCAGUGCGACGAGGAUGAGCUCAUGGCCGAGCUGGAGGAGCUGGAGCAGGAAGAGCUGGACAGGAAUCUUCUGGAAGUGGAAGGCACGCCGGACGUCACCCUGCCGAGCGUCCCUUCCGUGUCGCUGCCGUCCAGACCAGCCAAGAAGCGGGAGGAGGAAGACGAGGCGGACAUGGCGGACCUGGAGGCCUGGGCCACCAACUAAACUCAAGCGGGCAGACGAGGGACUUCAGGGGUGCUCCCCACCUCGCCGUCACCCUGAAGUAUGAACUCAUGCCAGCCCGUAUCGUGAUCGGAGUGCACCAGUGCAUACUUUCCAGGUGGAAACAGUCAAUGUGAACAAUCAGCUCAUUUGUGUGCACAGGUGGUACCAUCCAAAACCUGAACAAUGACACCACUUGGAUAUUUGUGCUCCUUAUAUUGUUUUAAAAAAAGGGGGGGGAAGACAUUUAGGUGAAGAUGGAGGGAUGCGGAAGCCACUAUCCUGUCCUGACAUGCAAGUUUUAUAAUCUCGCGCUUCAAGUUGUGCUGUUCAAUAAACGAAUGCUGCCAGACUAAA